CUUUAAGCGUCGUUUCAGACCCCUCUCCAAACAGCUUCAAGAUGAAGAGUGUGGUUUACUCACUCCUGGAACUAGGGUUUGUGCUUGUCAUUUCUUCAAUAAUGAAGACAUUCGCUUUUACGACGCCGUUGUCGAUGGGCAUUAGAUCAUUUCAAACAAGGAAUAUGCAGUUCGGCCUACUGCUUGCAAAUGUUUUCUGCUGUGAAUGUCAUAGUGGCAACCAAGCUUAUGCUGAGCAUAUCACUGCUUCUCGGCAGGAUAUACACAGUGGAUCUGUUGUUCAAUGAAUGCAUCCGAGCUCCCAAAUUGGCUUAUCAUAACUCAUAUGGAAUGCACUUGAACAUUCAAACAGAUCAUCACAUAAACCAGGUCAAAUCAGAGGCACACUUUUGAAUUUUCUGACAAAAUAAGCAAUGAACAAAACUUGACAACAAAAUUUGAAUUCAAAAUUCAAAUGAUUCAAACAAAGAUUUGGACCGAAUAAAGUGAUGAAAAUGGACCCAGAAAAGGUGCAAGAAAGUGAGCAUUCUUGGAAAACAGGAGAGGAAGAAUGCUUGUGUACUUUUAUACUUUUUUGGUUGCAUGGACCAAAUGCAAGAAAAUUGACUGCUACAUCAAUUGAGAACAUUUGUGUCGUUCAACCUAGAUGGGAGCUAGAUCCUGUAGUGGCUUCAUUUCUGGAUAAUUGUUCUUCUUUUUUAAUGCCAAAGGAAGCUUCUGGCUUUGGAAUGGUUCUGUAUUGCAACAACAGAUCUAACUCCGCUCGUCAAAUUACUUAUUUUGGACGAACGAUAAAGGAAACACAAUGUGCUAGGCGGUCUGUUGUCAAUGCAUGUUUACCUGAAGUCAGUUGUCUCAAACGAAGAAUGGAAGACAGGGAUCUUGGGGGACCGAAAAAUGUGUGUAUGAUAUUGAUUACAAAUAUGGAUAAGGAGUUAUGCCCAUCUACAGUUACAGAGUUCUUACGGAGACAUACUUCUCUAUCAGUCCUAGUCUUUAUUUUUCCAAAUUUGUCAAUGGAGGUAUAUAAUAGGGGAGCCAUUAUGGUGCAUUCUGAAAAAGAGUUGCAAGAGCUGUGUGGCUUUUUGAAUAAUCCCAACUGCAUCAUAAUAUCUUCAACUGGCAGGCCUUUGGUGAUACUUGAAAAACUAGUGGGAUUAGAAAAUAUUAAAGCAUCAAUAGGAGCCUUGGUGCAUAUAUCAGAGAAUAUAUUGCAGGAAAAACAGAGAAGAUGGAUGAACAAUUUGAAGGUUGUACAUUCAGGAAGUAAAGAAUUCAAGAUAGCUAGUAUUAUGAGGGAUUUAUUUUGGGCAUUUUCUGAGCACCAAGAACGCUUAAAGAAGAGGCUUGCACUUGAGGAGCGAAGGAUAUUUGCAGCUAAUGAACAAUUAGCUUAAAUGUUUGUCCUUCACUUCUUAAUGUUUUUUUUUUGCUCAUAUGUAAAUACAACUACUGCAGGCCUAUGACCUACUUUUUCUUUUCUUCCAAAAUUAUUGGUAUUAAAGCGUUAAGAAAAUGUUGAUCGGUCCAAAAA